AUGCUGGCGGUGCGGUGCCUGGUACGGCUGUAUGAGGUGCCGCCCGAGUACGGCAAAAUCUCGGCCUUCGACACCCACGGCGGCACCAUCUUUGCUGGCACCGACCGCGGCCUCCUCCUGAAGCUCGUCGUGGCGGGCGCGUCGUCCUUCGAGGCGGCACGGCAGGCCCCACAAUCGCGUUGCGCCGGCAGCGAUAAUGCGGCCGGCAACAGCCGUGCGGGUGCCCUGGCACCGCCCGAUGUGGCCUCCGCGCCUCUGUCAGCCUCUGCGGAGGCCUCCGAGAUGAUCAACACCACGCUCGUGCGCUUCACUCUGCUAUCCACGAUGAAAAGGAAAAUUGAGCGGAUUCAGCAUAGUCGUACACAUACGCUUCUCUUCGUAUUGUAUGAGCAUCGCCUUGUGGUGCUCAACUCGGUUACUUUUUCGCACCUUCAAACUAUCGCGGAACAUGUUGGAACCUUCUUUGUUUCGGACUCGCAGCAAAACAGUCCCCAGCGUGCGGGUCUGCAUGUGAUAUGCGCAUCCGAGUUGAAUGGCAAGGGGCUCAGCGUAUUUGAGUUCGACGCAUCCCAGGCUGAAGGCGCGCGGGCCAUUCUCGCACAGGAGCUUGUACUUCCGGAGCCCGUUCAGGCCCUGGUCACUUACGGCAGUAUCGCCUGUGUUGGGAUGCGGCGGGAGUACAGCCUUCUUUCUCUCUCAGACGGGAGCUCAUGCGGUGUACUUCCUCUCGGCGGUGGAAAGCAGCCGCUGCUGGCAGCCGGCGACGGCGAGGUGUUUAUGCGUUACAACCACUCCAUCUUCUCCGUGUCAAUGCGCUCCAUGCCGUCGGGAAGAGUUCUUGGGCGGACGAUUCAGCUGAAGGACGAGCCCCUUUCUUUUGUUGUUCGUCACCCGUUUCUUUUCGUGUUCACAGAGCACUACUGCGAUGUCUUCUCGCUCUACGACGAUGACAUGUCCGGGCGGUUGAUGUUGCCUGGGUGCCUCUUCAGCUCCCAGCUGGGGCGCGGCGAUUUCCUCUACGCGGCCAGCAAGACAAAGAUUUGGAUGGCCAGCCUCCACUCCUUGCGCCAACAACUGGCAAAUCUGGUGGAACACUUCAAGGUGGAGGAGGCCUUUCACUUAUUAGGCAGCCAACGGGCAAGAGGCAGCCUGGACCUGCAGGGGAUUGAGCUGGAGCUACACAUCAUGGCGGGGUACGCCUACCUGCACCACUGCCGCCCGAAGGAGGCGAUGCUGCACUUCAACGACCACAUUGAUCCAAGAGACCUGCUGCUCUCGCUGCUGGAGUGCAUCCCGCCUGGCCCCGACGAGUACAGCCCUGAACUGCGAGCACUGCUGGCAACGCGUCCGCUGAAGGCAGAGAAUGCUGUUGCGGCUUCAAAGACGGAAAAUAUAACCGCCCCGACAAGCGGUGUUGCGGGCACACGUGAUGCGCAGGCCGCGAAGGUAGCACCUGAAAAGGAAAAGAGAGAUAUCCUUGAGGGGCAUGGCGAAGUCGCCCAGGAGGUUAGCGAUGACGCGGAUGGCGGCUACUGGGCUCAAUGGGAGGGACCUUGUCCCUACAACACAUAUGCUGGAGAGCUGCAUCAUGCGUGGCUUGAGACAUUUGAGACCUUUCCGCUUGUGCCAAGCGGCGGAGACGCGGAGCGGGAGGUCAUCUACCGCCAGGUCACGGAAUGGGGGGCCGUCACCGCAACGGCUUUUCUGGAACACGCAUGGGAGUUAUUUAAGGAUGAGGUUAUCUUGUACUUUCGCUCCCGGUUAAGGCAGUCCUCGGACGUCUGCGCGCGGGCGAUGGAGUACGCCCUGCUGGUACUUGCCCUUGAGGCGCAGGAUCAUCGAGCGGCGUAUCGCGUUGUGGCGUGCGGUUCAUCGAUUCGCCUGGAAGACUGUUAUGACUUACUUGCCUCACUGCGGGAGUACCGUCUGUUGGCGUGUUUGUUGUUUCGCCGUGGAUACGUGCGGGAGGCAAAUGCGUUGCUGGCACGGCGCGUGUACGUCUCCAGCAUUCUGCCACCGCCUGAGGUUAGACCCCCAGGCGCGGUGGGGGCACGUUCUCCGGCCUACACAAUUUUACCCGAGGCGAUGCAUGUGCACUUGGACCGACUUUUAAAUCUUUCCCCAACCUCGCCCUGCCCGGGUGCGGCGCGUACCCAAACUUGGGGAGGAGGAGGAAGAGGAGGAGGAGGAGGAGGAGAAGGAUCAUUAAAUGUUACGCCGCUGCCCUCGUCGCUCACUGAGGCGAUGUACCUGGUGAGCAAGCUCAACCUGCCCGCGCUGCGGGAACUGCUGCAGGAGGACCUCGCGGCCUCGUGCACCGUGGAUGAGGAGGGCUGCUCGUUGCUUCAUGUGCUUUUUGGCCUGCUCGUGCUGCUGGAGAGUUCCGACGACGACGUCACCUCUGAGGGUAAAAGCGCACUACUGAACCUUGUCUUGUCGUGCGCGAUACUGUUGUUGGACCAUGGCGCCCCGGUGUCGGUGGUGAGUACGCAGGGGCUCAGCUGCUUGGACGUCGUCGCUCUGGCGGCGGGGGAUGCGGUUCUCGACAUUAUUCUUGCGGCGCUGCUUGCCGACAAGGAGGUGAAGGACAUCGCCGCCGCCGUCGAGAAGGGCAAGCCGAUGCCGGUUCUCUGA